CUCGGCGCCUGUGUGCGCUUCCCUUUUUUCACGCUAUUUAGCGAAUCGUUUGAGUUUUUUGGGUUGGUUUGGACCUGCUGAGAAAGCUUUCGGUCCUACGUGUCGUUCUACAUUAAACGGAACGAGUUUCCAGCGAUAAGCGGACGGUGAUGGACGAGCCAAGCAAAUCCUCUCAGCCUGCGGCAGGUGAACGUUCCAGCAAUCAUCCCAGGCCGUUCUUCUAUGUUCAACCAGCGGUGCAGCCAUUUUAUACAUAUCAAUGGCACAUGAACCACCCUUACGGCCACCAUGGCUUCCCUGGAUCGGCCUUCCAUUUUAGUCGGCCCUAUAUGCUCCCUUAUUCCUACCUGCAGUAUCCAGGUUACGUCAUGCCUCACUCCGCCAUGCAUCCCGUGGAUUACCGCAGGUUACAUGAGCGAAACUUCCCUCACGCCCCCGCAUGUGAUGCCUCGCUCCGACAGUACCAACAUGGCCAAUCCGCUCAGAGGGAGACGAUGUGUGCUGGAGCCCAAACGGACCCGAGCGAAGCCUUAAACAAACUGAUCGAAUGUUUGGAUCAACUGCGUGCCAGUGACAGUUCUCAAACAUCAGGAAGUCUGUCACCUUUACCAAAGGAGGCAAAAUGUGGGGAAGAAAGUGGAAUCAUGGGAAAGAAGCUUAUAAGCAAACCCAACGUGGUAGAAGAAGAUAGAGAUGCAAGCUGUAGUCGUGUUGGACACGUCACUCAAGAGGAGGAUUCAUCCCUGGCUUCAGGAAAGGAAGAAGAAGAAAACAAUGAGCGAGUGUACCAAGACUGCUCAGAGAGUCGGUCGGACUCACUAAGUGGAAGUUGUCAGGAGAAAACCAAGGAUGAGAAAGUCCAAGAUGGCGUGAUGGUACAACCCAAUGGGGAGAUGGAGUGGGAUGGUUGUAUGGCCAGUCCACCAUCAUUCCAGUCCUCCCCUGUACGUUCUUCUAUAACCAAAAAGACUGAAGAUCAAAGUCUAAUUCAGAAACCUGAUGAUAUUCCGUGUUGUAUUCUCCACUUGCCAUUUGAGAAGGUGCUGUCUUCUGGCAUUUAUGAAACCAGCAUUACUUCUCCAUCGCUCGGGUCACCAUUAAAUUACCCUUAUCAUCCUCCACAGUUAGCUCAUGAGCGUGUCAGUGUCUUAAGUCCGUCCCUUGAUGAACUCUCAUCUCAUGACGAGCUUCUCUCUACCGAUUUAGACGACAUUGACCUGUUUCCAAGUCGUAUGUACGCCAGAGGGAGACUUGCCGAGGUCACGUCUAAGAGAUGCCACGGUUCUGAUCUGUGCUUGCUUUAUCCCAAGAAACUGACGUGCGCCACGUGUGGAUCACACACCUUUAAGAAGCUGAGCCGGACCAAAACUUGCCGUUAUGAAGACGUAGAAGAUUCUGACGAGGCCGUGGGCCAACGUCGUCUACGAAACCCAUUGGGGAAGGGUCACGCAGUCAGGAAAACACACUUGUUAUUAAAACACAAGCUCAGGGCUGCACAUCACAGGGAGACGACGGAAAGUCAGCACGAAUCAUCACGGUCUGAGCAUCUGUGCUGUGAGUCGUGCACAUGCUCAACAGAGAAGAACUCCAGGCCAGCUAGCGCUCGUCUAGAGCGACGCUGCAGACUGACCUCGGAUCAGCUGCUGAGGGAUGGUGUUGGAGUGAACACCAGAGCAAAAACGUGUAGAGCUCAACCCUUACCACAACGACCACAGAGACUGGGGCAGAGAAAAGCUCGCUUUAAACCACCACUGUGUCAGGGCUCGAGAAACGAGGAAGAAGAAGAUAAUGACGAGCAUGAGGAUGAAGAGGAGGCGCAGGAAGUGCUUCAGUACCACAGGACAAAAGGGGCCUCUAAAAGAGGGGGACCGCGAUGCUAGACACCACCAAAGUUCACGUCAUCUUCCAGAGAGAGACUGUAAAUGCACGUGUUGUUUUUUUUGUGUUUGGAUUUGUUGAAAGUGAGUUUCGGGUUGCACAGUCGCCAUGGUUACAGUUCACCACAUGAAACUUCCCUGCACAUGUGUUCAUAUUAAAUCCUCUUUUUCUCAGAAUAAGCAUCACGGCUAAUAACUGUGUGUCUGGAUUCUCUGUACAUAUUCCAAUAAAGUGUUUAUAUGGGUGA